UCUCUUUCAUUUACAAUUACGUUUUGGCUUUUAUACAAUCUCCCCCACUCCCCCACUCCAUCAACACAGUGAGGUAGAGCUGAAAAGCUAGAAACAAAAAGAAAAGAAAACAAAAUUAAUCAAUGGAAGAGAUACUGUCCUCCUCUUCUUCAUCUUCACUCAUGUCAUUUGCCCAAGAAACCUCUUCAACACUUCAACAACGCCUCCAAUUCUUCCUUCAUAGCCGGCCAGAAUGGUGGGUUUACUCCAUCUUCUGGCAGGCAUCAAAAGAUGCCAGCGGCCGCCUUGUUUUAUCAUUGGGCGAUGGCCAUUUCCGUGGUAAUAAAAAGUAUGCAAGCAAGGAUAGCAACAAGCAAAACCAUUCCAAAUUCGGCUUCAAUCUUGAAAGAAAGUCUCUUUUCAGUGAGGAUAUGGACAUGGACAGAUUGGUUGAAGGUGAUGUUGCUGAAUGGUACUACACAGUAUCGGUAACACGAGCAUUUGCCGUUGGAGAUGGAAUUCUUGGCAGGGCAUUUAGCUCUGGCGCUUUCAUUUGGUUGACAGGUGAUCAUGAACUGCAAAUUUAUGACUGCGAGAGAGUCAAAGAAGCUCGGAUGCAUGGAAUUCAGACUUUCGUCUGUGUUUCAACUCCAUCCGGGGUUCUUGAAUUGGGUUCCCCGGAUUUGAUCAGUGAAGAUUGGGCCCUAGUGCAAUUAGCCAAAUCAAUUUUUGGUGCAGACAUCAAUGCGGGUUCAUUUCCAAAGCAGGCCAACCAGGAAUCUCAACCUCAAAUUCCAAACCGCACUGUUUCUAAUUUCCUUGAUUUUGGAAUGUUUUCAAGUCCUCAAAAGGAGAGAACAACUUCUCUAGAGAAUCAAAAAGAAAGCGACACACGGAAAGAACCCUCAGGCCAAGGCCGAUCGUCUUCGGACUCAGGGCGUUCUGAUUCAGAUGCUGGAUUCACAGAGAAUAAUAUCGGGUUCAAGAAGAGAGGAAGAAAGCCAGGUGGAAAAGAAUUGCCUCUAAACCAUGUGGAAGCAGAAAGGCAGCGAAGAGAGAGGCUAAAUCAUCGAUUCUAUGCACUUCGAUCCGUGGUCCCGAAUGUGUCAAAGAUGGACAAGGCAUCUUUGCUCGCAGAUGCAGCUACUUAUAUUAAAGAGCUCAAGAGCAAAGUUAAUGAAUUGGAGGGCAAGCUGCGAGCAGUAUCCAAGAAAUCAAAAAUCUCUGGUAAUGCAAACAUUUAUGACAACCAAAGCACCAGCACCAGCACCAUGACGAAUCACAUAAGGCCCACUCCAAAUUAUAUGUCCAAUAAUGCAAUGGAAGUGGAUGUGAAGAUUUUGGGAUCGGAAGCUCUGAUCCGUGUACAAUCCCCGGAUGUUAAUUAUCCAGCUGCAAGAUUGAUGGAUGCACUUAGAGAGCUGGAGUUUUCAGUUCAUCACGCGAGCGUGUCCAAGGUCAAGGAUCUGGUGCUUCAAGAUGUUGUGAUUAUAAUUCCUGAUGGAUUGGUAACUGAAGAAGUUAUGAGGGCUGCUAUUUUUCAAAGAAUGCAGAACUAAGUCAACUAAACAAUAAUAAGUUGGUGCUUUAGAAGUAAGAAAUGCGAAUUAAUUUCAUCGUUGAGGCAAGCAAACUCCAAGGUGAAGUUCCUGUCAUAAGCAACAUAAAAUGAUAUUAGCAUAUGCACUUGAAUUAUGUGGCUCGUUUUUCAUUAUCCCACUUGUAUAAUAAGUUAAUGUUCUGUUGUGAGUUUACUGAAAAGCAAGCACUUGAAAUUGCUUGCUUGCGCUCCUCUUCUAGCCCUUGUUAAUUUCAUCUCUUGUUAUGCUUUGAAAUUGAGUAAGUACUGAUCUUAUGAAUGUUAUGUAUCUGCAAUUCUUCAGUCUUGAUAUAAGUGCAUGAUACUGAAUUAAGUUUUGUUAAUGUAAUAUUCCAU